UCUAGCCUUUUUAUAAUAUGGCUAAUUACGGCUGGUCGUAUUGGUUCUAUUCUUUCAGCGGUUUGAUUUUCGAAAAGGAAGAACCACUUUGGGAAAUCAAAUUACUGUUUUUCAUUGCCAUACAUGGAUUUUACAUAGGAUGUUUUUUCCUGAUGGAUGAUUUUCUCGAUAGUGAAAACACUGUCUAUUCUUUAGGUUUUCUGAAGUCUGCCUCAUCUUAUUCAAGGUUUUUCGAAGUCAGCAUCACAAUACUGAAACUGUGUUGGUUCUUCUAUAAAUCUGAUCGAAUUGGCACUAUUUUGAAUGACUGUCACGCGAAUAGGUGCGUUAUUAGGGACUCAAUAGAAAUUUGUUUAAUACAAAUGAUGCUGAAGAGGACAGAAGAUGCGUUCCUAACUUUCAACAAUCAGCUGAUGAGAAUUCUCGAAGACAUUGGAGAAGAUUCAUCUGGCGAAAAAGGAAACGAUUUUUUUGAGGAAAAUUCAGAUGAAGCUUCAGGAAUAGCGAAUGUUUGCUAUCAACAUUUUCGAUUGGUAUCAUUGAUGAAAGAUCUUCAAGCUAUAGAAACAUUCAAUGUGGCCCUAAGACUGAUUAUAAAUAUAAUAGAAGUUGUAAACGUCAUCUAUACUUUUGUUGUAGCUUUUUUCGAGAGGAAAGCAAUAUUGUUACAUUUUUCCUGGAUCAUCUACCAAUUCCAUCAAGAUUUUUAUAUUAUUUAUAUGUGGGAUUCUCUUGCAACAAAGAGGACGGAAAAUGCUUUCCUCACUUUGAACAAUCAGUUGAUAGGAAUUCUCGAAGAUAUUGAAAAAUAUUUGUCUGGUGAAGAAGGAAAUGAUUUUAUUGGAGACAAUUCAGAUAAAGAUUUGGGCAUAGCGAACGUUUGCUAUGUACAUUUUCGAUUAGUAUCGUUGAUAAAAGAUUUUCAAGCUAUAGAAACAUUCAAUGUUGCCCUAAGACUGAUUAUAAAUAUAAUAGAAGCUGUGAACGUUUUGUAUGUAUACUUUUGUUAUAGCUCUUUUCGAGAGAAGAGAAAUAUUGUUACAUCUUUCCUGGCUCAUCUACCAAUUUCAUCAAGAUUUUUAUAUUAUUUAUAUGUGGGAUUCUCUUGUAACAAAGUUUUUGGACUGACGACGUUUCAAAAAGCAGAUUCUAACAAAUUUUGCCUAUAUGGUGCAACAUUACUCUUUCACAUUUUGUAUUUUUCAUGUACAGUUUUAGCCGCUUUUGCUCCACGCCAGGAGGCACAUAAAAGAAGUUUGAUGGGUGAAGUACUCCUAGUAUGUCGUUUGACUACAGGAAUAUUUAUAAUAUCGAAGAUUUUCCACAUCUAUAGAACAGCAGAAACUUUUGAAGACUUAAACAUCGAAAAAAGUAUUCAAAUGAAACGUAUAGGUUUUCGCUUGAAAAAAUUAAAACUGGUCAUAAGUCAUACAUUUUUCCUCGUCGCUUUGAUCAACACAACUGGCACCCUCCUUUAUUGGAGAAUUAGUGGAAAAACUGGGACGAUGAAUGAAAUAAUAAGUUGGUGCCUCUCGAUGGUGAGGGAUUCUGCAGAAUGCGACUACAUGAGGAUCGUUUGUAGAGAACUGCAAAAUCUCUUGAAUCAUAUAAAUGAAAGGCUCGAGACCGUCCUGAGUAGAAUUGGCAACAUACAAGAAAAAUAUCCGAUUGACGACCUACGAAAGAAGAAAAGUGUAGAACGGCCAAUUUUCAUUGAUGACCUACUCUUGUCGUUGCAAUAUUUGUCGGAAAUUCAUUGGAGGACUACGAAGAUUGUCCAGGAAUUCGGCAACAUCCUUAUAUUUAAUGUAAUUCUACAACUGAUGAAGAAUUUUCUCGAUAUCGUGACAGAAGCUUAUUUCACUGUGACCAUCGUUUUUUAUUCAUUCAAUUACAAUUUUAUUCUUGCCUUUUCUUGCUUUAUGAUAACAGUAACUUUAACUGUUAGUUUGAUCGAUUCUUGGGCAUCCUGCUCUUUCCAUGCAAACAGAACAGUGAUCAUUUUACAUGAUAUAUGGAAUAAGUAUGUCGAGAAAAGAGGAAUCGAUAGAAAGCUGUUGUAUCUACAGUUCAUUUCUAUGAGGUUUUUGACCUGCAAAUUGAAAUUUACAGCAUAUGGAUUUUUCCCUUUAGAUUGGUCAUUUCUACACACGAUUGUGGCUUCGGCGACAACUUAUAUCAUAAUACUGGUUCAACUGAAGAAAUAAAGUACCUAUUUUUGCAACGGAUCUGUAAAAUUUUACUUAUAUUCAUUCAUAUAUGAACUAUAAUAUAUUUAAGUCAAGUGUUCUCAAUCACAUUAGAUGGUUUGAAAUAUACUUAUUUCUAUCUUUUA